AAAACAAACAAAAAACGGCAGCGGUAUAAACGUUCCGGCUUGUGUUAAAAAAAAAAAGAAAAACUUGUCAUGUGACCUGCGCAACGUCAAGGAACAUCUUCCCCGUGUCAGGUGCAGCGAUGUGGCUCGUGCAGGCGCUGCUGCUGGCCAACAUCUCAGAGUCACAAGUGUCGCUGUCCGCCCCGGAGGAGGUGACGCUCCAAGAACGCUCCAGUGCCAACCUUACCAUCACCUCCAGCAUGCCGCUUUCGCAGGCGCUGGCGAUCCAUCUGAACGUCACCUACAGCUCCAAGGCCGACUCCUCGCGGAUCGUCAGCUUGCCGGAGCAGGUGACGCUGCCCGCCGCGGCCACGUCGGUCACGUUCACGGUGACGGCCCUCGCCGCCGGUCAGGUGACCACGUACCUGCUGAGCAACGGCACGGAAAGCCACAGCUCAGUGCCCCGUCUGCGCUUCCUGGUGGUCCACAGCAAUGCGGUGGCGGUACUCAGCGAGGUCGUCGGGUGGUUCUACUUCCUGGCCUGGUCCGUGUCCUUCUACCCGCAAGUCUGGGAAAACUGGAGGCACAAGAGCGUGGUGGGCCUGAACUUUGACUACCUGGUGCUCAACCUGACCGGGUUCUUCGCCUACAGCGUCUUCAACGUCGGCCUCUUCUGGGUGGCGUCCAUCAAGGAGGAAUUCCUGCAGAGGAACCCCAACGGCAUCUACCCCGUCAAGGUCAACGACGUCUUCUUCAGCCUGCACGGCUUCCUGCUGUCUCUGUUCUACGUGGGCCAGGCUGCCGUCUACGAGAGGGGGGGGCAGAAGGUGUCGUGGACGGCCCGCAUCCUGCUGCUGAUCGGCUGGUCGUUUGCGGGCGUCACCUUGUUCCUGGCCGUCUUCCGGCGCCUCGGCUGGCUGGACUACCUGUACUUCUUCUCCUACAUCAAGCUGGCCGUCACGCUGGUCAAGUACGUGCCGCAGGCCUUCAUGAACUACCGGCGAAAGAGCACGGACGGCUGGAGCAUCGGCAACGUGCUGCUGGACUUCAGCGGCGGCCUGCUCAGCAUCUUGCAGAUGAUCUUGGAGUCCUACAACAACGACGAGUGGCGCCUGAUCUUCGGGGACCCCACCAAGUUCGGCCUGGGUCUCUUCUCGAUGCUCUUCGACACGCUCUUCAUCGUUCAGCAUUACUGCUUGUACCGCUCGCAAUACCGGGAGAUCGGACGCAGCCGGAGCGAGUGAAGCGCCGCCUGACCUCCCCGCCGACCCCUUGACCUCCCGACCUCCUGACCUCCUGGCACUUUUAACGCACAAACGUGUUGGAAAAUAAAUGUAUACAUGCGGAA